CAAAGCCCUUCAAACAUCCCAAAACUCUGAUCUACGCUUUUAUAUCAGAUCCCAAUGGCAUUGUUCGAUAAUCCACUGGCUUUAAUAGCUUUGGUGGUCCUUGUUCUCGCCAUCAUAGCAAUAGGCUUGAUUUUCAUUGUUCAGAAGAAAGCAAAUAACAAUACAUACUUAAUUCUUGGAGCAACAGAUGCCGGAAAGACUGCUCUAUUUACUAGACUUCGAUAUAACAAGAAGUCGCCAACCAUCACGUCUAUGAAGGAAAACGAAGCCACUAUCCAACUUGUAGAUGAUAGCGGAGCUGCAAUCACCAAACAACCAAUUCAACUCGUUGAUGUCCCCGGGCAUGAGCGCUUGCGUUUCCGAUACGCAGACUUUAUGCCCAUCGCCCGUGGUGUUAUCUUUGUUGUCGACAGCACAACUGUUGGACGAUCCGCUCGUACCACUGCCGAAUACUUGUACGAUGUCUUGGCCAACCAACACACUACCAAGUCUCGAAUCCCAAUAAUAAUCGCUUGUAACAAGACUGAUUUAUUUACCGCUUUGCCUACUAGCAAAAUUCAGACUUUGUUGGAGGCAGAAAUUAACCGACUGAGAGCAACUAGAAGUGCCGCUGUUGAGCAGCAAGAGUCAUCCGGAGACGCUAUAGCUGACUAUUUGGGGUAUGAGGGUCAAGACUUCAAGUUUGAACAUUUGGAAAACGAUGUCACCUUGAUCGGAUGCUCUGUUGAAAAUGGAGAUCUCAACAGCAUAACUGAGUGGAUUGCAGAUUUGUCGUAAGGCAAGAUGCCUUACGUAGAUUAUCCAAAAUUUUAUGAUUGUAAAUUACUUGUAGACGUAUCGUAUCAUCACACUGUGAUAUAUCGCCAUAGUCUAGAGACAAAA